UCUCUGCCAAUUUUGGUCAGUGCGUUCCUCGUCACUAGUUGCGCCCGCUGCUCUCGUGCAUGGCGCAGCCUUAAGAUAGCCGAGGGCGGAGGGACGGCAGCGGCACAAGCGCUGGCGCUUGGGCUGCCCGAUUUUGCCGCGGGCAGCUUAGUAGGGCGCGCACCGGGCCGGCCGCAUGGAAUCGACGGGCCAACUCCGACAGUAGCUCGGCCACGCCACCAAUUCCAACAGUGCCCGCGGAGAUGUGUAUCAGGCUGGCACGCGCGAAAUGCGAAUACCUUGGCGCCACCAGACGCAGGGCCCGCCUUUUCGGGCGCCGCAGGACACGCGCAGAGCAGGCCUCUGCGCGUUCCGCGCGUUGGUUUCGCUUCUGCUGCUGUUGCCUCGCUGGUUUGG